AUGCCUAAUAAGCAGAAAAGAGGUCUUACAGAUGAAGAAAUUAAAAAAUUGUUGCAGGAGCUAUCUGAAAAUGAGUCUGACGGAGAUGAAAUUUCUAAUUUUUCUGUAGAAACUGAAGAUGAAUUCCAGACACAAACUAUUAGUGAAUCCGAGGACAGCGAAGUAAACGAAAAAGAACUCGUCAGAAAUAAACGGGCAAAAAUGGAUCAGGUCCGCGGCCGUGUUCCUGCUUAUAACGUUCUAAACGAAACAGCAGGACCAAUUUUUUUUGCAAAGAGUCGUGUUUCUGAGGACAAAGUGUCUAGUGUUUUCAAGCUUUUCAUUGAUGAUGAUAUCUUGCUACAAAUAAAGAAAUGUAUAGAAUCCGAAGCUCACUGGCAACUUGGAAAUAAAGACUGGAAGUUACCUCUGGCUAAGUUAGAUGCUUUUGUCGCUAUAUUGUAUGUUCGAGGAGUAAUAGGAGCAAAGGGCUUAGAUUUAUAUUCUUUGUGGUCCGAAGCAUAG